UCCCCCCAGAGAACCAAGAAGUGAGUUACUGAACAAGUGGAGCUCCCUCUGGGAAUGGUGCUGUGCUCCAGUUAAAUUCCCCUGGAGCAGAUCCCAGGGCAGGGCUGCUCGUGGCGAGCUGCAGCUCUUUGCUCCAGGGUCUCCCACGGCCACUGGAAGCCCCAAAUCUGAUUUUUCCGUGUCCUUCCCCUGCCUGGGCCGUUCCCCAGUGCCUCCCUCCCGUCGCUGUGGGAGUGAGGAGCUCAUUUGCCAAGGACAGAUUGCCACUGACAGCCUCUCAGCAGGCAGGACGUUUCCCCGGCGUUUCUCAGGCCAAUUUUUACGCUCCACAGCACCAAAUAAUUCUCUGCGUACCUGAAAAUUAAGGUUGCUUUGCCCGACAGAGGAGAAAAACACAAGAGUUUGUGUUUAUCCCCCAAUUCUGCCGCGUGUCAUUGAGGGAGUGUUUAUAAAUAGAUUUUGGGAGGAGUGUGGGGCUCCAGGGAGGCAGUGCUGGAGCAGUGCCUCCACAUGAUGUCAGCAGUGUGCUUUUCAGUCCAGCCUGCCAGGGGGGAUGUAAAAAUCCUGCUCUUGGCAGCACGGAUAAAGCCACAGAACCUUGGCACUGCCUCUUGAGCCGGGAGCUCAGGAGUGCCACAUUCUGCUGCCUGCUCUCAUCCCUCCGUUUAAGGGAGAUGGAAUAUUUGAUGUAUUCCUCUACCCUGUCAGGUGGCUGCUGUUUCUGUGUUUUGGUAUUUUGGUGGUAAACAAAAAUCUCUCUAAGCAUCCUGCCUUUCUGUUUUAUUUUUCCUCAUUUAAUGUCGUGAAUUCUCUGCCCACAAUGCAAUGGUGAUGUUAUUGCUGAUAGGGCAGAACGCAGAGAGAAUCUUUCCAAAAGUGAUCCAAAACUGGCAGAAUUCUUCCCCUCCAGCUGCUGGGGGUGUCUGUGCUGACACAAUAGUGCAUGAUGAAAACAGGACGCUUUCCCUUUCCUCGCGGGGAGGAAUGUGCUUAGCUCAGUUAGGAGAACUGGCUGAGAGAAAUGAGAUUUUUUUUUUAUUGCUGAGAGAUAUUAUCGAGUGCAGCAACCCCCCUCCAGCCAGCCCUGCUGCUGAGGUGUCCCAGGGCAGCAUCUCCUCUCUGAGCUCUCCCAAUUCCCAAGGACGGCAGCACCAAAGAGUGCAGGCUGCCGAAAGGAUUUGUGGAAAAAUCUGCCAAAAAUCAGAUGAUUCCCAGUCUGCCGAGCCCCUCACCCAUCCCUCUCCAUUUCCCCUCCCCUUCCAGCAGCAUUCCCUCCCCCACUCUGAGCCAGGCAUCUCGAGAAAGGCUGUGCCUGCACAGCCCGUGUGACAGCAGGAGGGAGAGGAGCCGUGCCUGGGGCUGGCAGAGCCUGGGCAGAGCCUGCAUCCCUCUGGAAUCUGAGAGAUCCUGCAUCCCUCUGGAAUCUGAGAUCAGCCUGGGCAGAGCCUGCAUCCCUCUGGAAUCUGGGAGAGCAGCCUGGGCAGAGCCUGCAUCCCUCUGGAAUCUGAGAGAGCAGCCUGGGCAGAGCCUGCAUCCCUCUGGAAUCUGAGAUCAGCCUGGGCAGAGCCUGAAUCCCUCUGGAAUCUGGGAGAGCAGCCUGGGCAGAGCCUGCAUCCCUCUGGAACUGGGAGAGCAGCCUGGGCAGAGCCUGCAUCCCUCUGGAAUCUGAGAGAGCAGCCUGGGCAGAGCCUGCAUCCCUCUGGAAUCUGGGAGAUCAGCCUGGGCAGAGCCUGCAUCCCUCUGGAACUGGGAGAGCAGCCUGGGCAGAGCCUGCAUCCCUCUGGAACUGGGAGAGCAGCCUGGGCAGAGCCUGCAUCCCUCUGAAAGGUGGCAGAGCAGCCUGGGCAGAGGCUGCAUCCCUCUGGAACUGGAAGAUCAGCCUGGACAGAGGCUGCAUCCAUCUGGAAUCUGAGAGAUCAGCCUGGGCAGAGCCUGCAUCCCUCUGAAGGUGGGAGAGCCUGCAUCCCUCUGGAACUGGGAGAUCAGCCUGGGCAGAGGCUGCAUCCCUCUGAAGGUGGGAGAGCCUGCAUCCCUCUGGAACUGGGAGAUCAGCCUGGGCAGAGGCUGCAUCCCUCUGGAAUCUGGGAGAUCAGCCUGGGCAGAGCCUGAAUCCCUCUGGAAUCUGAGAGAGCAGCCUGGGCAGAGCCUGCAUCCCUCUGAAGGUGGGAGAUCAGCCUGGGCAGAGGCUGCAUCCCUCUGGAAUCUGGGAGAUCAGCCUGGGCAGAGGCUGCAUCCCCCCGGCAGCGCAGGGACCCCGCUCCGGCAGCGGCUCCUUCCUUCCCCCUCGGAUGCUCGGCAGCACAAGGAGGGCGGGAUGGGAUGAGGAACAGCCCCGGCCAGCCCGGAGCCCGGAGAUGAAAACAGGCAGCCGUGCAGCUGAGCAAAAUGCAGCAGCGGGAGGCGAAUAACCCGCGAGGAAAAGCAGCAGGAGCCAAAGGCAGGCUGCAGAAUUCCCUGGCUCUGGAAUUAAAACCCUUCUCAGGGGCUGCGGGUUUGCAGAGCCCCCGAGCUGGAUAAUUCGUGUGCGUGUGUUGUUCCUGCUGGAAUCUGCUCGGCACUCGCAGAGAUUCAUUCCCGCAGGAGUUGGGAGCGUGAGAAGAAGGGAAGGAGGGAUGAGCAGAGCCGGGAUCCUGCGGAUUCUGUGAGGCCACAGGUUCAGCUGGGACCAUGGGAGGGAAGCAGGUCAAAUGCCUGACUUCCCCCAGCCCUGUCCACAGUGCAAAGAGUGAAUCCACUGUAGCCCCCUUGGAGGAGAAGGAGAGACUUGUGAUCCUCCAGACUGAAGAAGCAGAGCCCAAAGCAGAAGAGGCCGACUCUCACUUCCAGCCUGAGUGGCAGGCAGGGAGCUCCGGGUCCUACUUGGAGAACUCAUGGGAGGAGCAGCUCCUGGAACAGCAGGACCACCUGGAAAAGGAAAUGGAGGAGGCAAAAAAGAUGAUUUCUGGUUUGCAGGCUUUGUUGCUCAAUGGGUCUCUACCUGAGGAUGAGCAGGAAGGCUCCUUUGAGCUUUCUGAGCGUGGAGCCUGCCCUGAGGAGCAGCUGAUCAUCAUCCGAAGCCGUCUGGACCAGAGUGUGGAAGAAAAUCAAGAUCUGAAGAAGGAGCUGCUGAAAUACAAACAAGAAGCUCGGAACCUGCAGGGAAUAAAGGACGCUCUGCAGCAGAGGCUGCUCCAGCAGGAUGCCGCAGUCCUGCAGCUCAAGCAGGAGCUGCUGAGAGCCAACAUGGACAAGGAGGAGCUGCACAACCAGAAUGUUGACCUCCAGAGGAAGGUGGAAGAGAGAAACCGGCUCCUGGCGGAAUACAAAAAGGAGCUGUGCCAGAAGGAUCGGCACUUGCAGCAGCACCAGACCAAGCUGGAUGAGAUGCUCAGGCAGCUUUCUGAGGCCAGCUACCAGCAGGUGGACUUGGAGCGGGAGCUGGAGCACAGGGAGGCCCUGCUGGCUCACUGCAUGAAGAGAGAGGCUGAGGAGGUGAUGGCUUACAGCAGUCACAGUGCCCAGAGCAAUGGCUUUCUCCAGCCAGCAGGAAAAGGAGCUGCUCCCACAGCCCACCGAGGGACCAGUGACCUGCAGCUGGUGCGGGACGCGCUGCGCAGCCUCAGGAACAGCUUCAGCGGCCACGACCCGCAGCACCACACCAUCGACAGCCUGGAGCAGGGCAUCUCCAGCCUCAUGGAGCGCCUGCACCGCCUGGAGACGCAGAAGAGGCAGGAGAGGAGGGUGCGGGGGAAAUCGCCAGCAAGCAGAGCAAGCAACGAGUGCAGAGACUCCUGGCCUCCCAAAUCCAAGCUGCCUCACUCUCAGAGCACGCCCGUGAUGAGCACCAGUGCCUGCACCAAAGUGUUGUACUUCACCGACCGCUCCCUCACCCCCUUCAUGGUCAGCAUACCAAAGAGGUUAGGGGAAGUGACUCUGAAGGAUUUCAAGGCAGCCAUCGAUCGGGAAGGAACCCAUCGGUACCACUUCAAAGCCCUGGACCCAGAGUUUGGCACAGUGAAGGAGGAGGUGUUCCAUGAUGACGACAUCAUUCCUGGCUGGGAGGGGAAAAUCGUGGCCUGGGUGGAAGAAGACCACGGGGAGAAUUAAUGAAGCUUUCAAGCUCUGUUUCUAUGGAAACCUAUGACUGUCUGCAGAGCUCAGAGAGUGACCAAGCAGCCCAAGUGCUGGGAAGAGACCAAUUCAAGCUGCCAAAAAAGAGCCUCUGUGCCAGCCAGGGGUGGUGCAGGCUGUGUGCAUGGACAGCUGGCACCUGACUGCCCGUGCCCGAGGGCAGCUGCUGUCCUGGGGCUGCAGGGACUGGUUUGUGGGGCAGAAACACCCGGCUUGGCCCUGCCAGCAAAACCUUGGAGGCCUUAAGGAUGCUCUGCCCCCUUCUCUUCCAUCCCUGCACUGUGUGCUGCAGGCUCAGCUGGGCAUCUCCUGUGCUGGUGUCACACAAAACUGCACUGAUGGUGAAAAUGUGAAGCUCUGCCUGCAUGGAGUAGAGCUGAAAUGUGAGAGCUGAAGCUGGACCAGCUGGAAGUUGUCCUGAAGGAGCAGAGUGACUCUGUGGACAUUGCAGGCUGACAGGACCUGUUCGGGGUGGGGGGAGAGUCCUCUGGAGGGCUGAUGCAUGAUCUGAAGCAAAGCUCACCAACCUGGCCAAGCUCCCUUUCUCCCAAACUCAGGCUCCCCUUUCCCAGCCCCGCUUUCCCCACUUUCCAAAGCUGUUCCCAUUCCCGAGGCCCUCGGGGUUGGCUCUGUCACUGUGGGGAUCUGUGGGACCACAGUGCUUGUUUGUUUGCUGAAGGAUUUCAUGGGUGGGGGAGCUGGAAUCAGCUGCUUCCUGAGGUCCUUACACCCCCUGUCCUUGCUGAGCCUCUGUCCGUGCCCUCUGUGCUGUCACCUCCUGUGCACAGGCAUCCUCUGCUGCUGUCCCCCCACUUAUCCACACCAGUUCCUUGCUACGCUGAGUCCUGAAGGAUCAGGAAAGAACUGCUGGGGAAAGAACUGCUCUAAAAUCCCCCAAGGGUGGAUUUUUUCCCUUUGGAUUUUGUGGUUUUGUUUUUCUAGAUCACCCAUGGGCUUGGGAGGUCAAAUGGGCUCUGCUCCUUCCCAGCGCCUGUGGGCCUUCCAUGGACUGUCUGUGUGUGCUGUGCAUGAGGCUGGGAGAGGGGGCAACCUGGUUUUACUGUUUUAUAUUAACGUGUCCUUUUGUAAACCUGUUCUUGAAAUUAUUUUGUACCGAUUCACAUUUGUCUGAGGACUGUGGAUAUUUUUAUACUAGUGCAAGUGCUCUCUGUAUAUUUCUGCACGCAUUAUACUGUGUUUUACUCCUUUCCUGGUGGAUGCUGAGAUGUUUUGUAUCAUCUUCUGUUGACACAACAUUGGCCUUGUAAUUUUAUCUUACUAUGGAAAUCCAACUAGUCGAUAUUGGGUUUUAUAUCAGGGUUCCUACGUGGUUUUGUGCCACAUUGGCACAACACGAGUUGUCUCCUGUUAUGGGUAAUUUGUGUGACUUUCUGUUUUCAGACAGCGUGAGAAAAGUUCACCAAUGGGCAGGUUAAUUAAUGGGGGAAAUACAUCCCUUUUGGAAAAGAAACAAUGAUUUUCCUUCUCCCCUGGACCUAGUUUCUCUGUUGCAUGGUUUCUAAUGAAGAGGGCAUGGGCUUGUGAUACUGAGAUCAAUUGUAUUUCAAUUGCAAACUUC